GGGAGACCGAGAGAGAGGCAGGGACAAGGAGGAGAAGAAGAAGAAGAAGCAGUAGAGGAAGAGGGCGGAGAGCAGGAGGACCUGAAGACCGACCGAGGGAGCGAGAGAGCGAGAGAGCGGGAGAGCGAGAGAGCGAGAGAGCGGGAGAGCGAGCGCGGGUUGGCGAGAGUUUUGGCGAGCGAGCGAGGGUUUUGCGCCGCUGUGCGAGGCUGAGAGAGGGAGAGCGCGAGCGUGGCUUGGGUGGGGCUGGCGACUGUGGCCGGGGCCAGUGCUGGAAUGGAUGCAAUCUUACAGGAGAAGCUCGCCGAGAAACUCCUCUGCCCACGAGCACGGAGCUCCAGACAGAAGGAUAGGCAGUAUGUGGGUUUCGCCACGCUCCCUAACCAAGUCCACAGGAAGUCUGUGAAGAAGGGCUUUGACUUCACACUCAUGGUGGCUGGUGAGUCUGGGCAGGGCAAGUCCACCCUGGUGAACAGCCUGUUUCUCACAGACCUCUACAAGGACAGGAAGCUACUGAACGCAGAGGAGCGCAUCAGCCAGACGGUAGAGAUCACCAAACACACGGUGGACAUCGAGGAGAAGGGUGUGAAGCUCAAGCUCACCAUCGUGGACACACCCGGCUUUGGAGACGCCGUCAACAACAACGAAUGCUGGAAGCCCAUCACAGACUACAUUGAUCAGCAGUUUGAGCAGUACUUCAGAGAUGAGAGCGGACUCAACAGAAAGAACAUUCUAGACAACCGUGUACACUGCUGCCUAUACUUCAUACCACCAUUUGGACAUGGGCUGAGGCCAAUCGAUGUGGAGUUCAUGAAGGCUCUUCACGAGAAGGUGAACAUCAUACCUCUUAUCGCCAAGGCUGAUUGCCUCACCCCCAAUGAGAUCAAGAAACUCAAGGACAGGGUACGAGACGAGAUCGAAAAGUUCGGGAUCAAAGUCUACCAGUUCCCGGAGUGCGACUCAGACGAGGACGAAGAAUUCAAACAGCUGGACAAAGAGCUGAAGGAGUGUACACCAUUUGCAGUGAUCGGCAGUAACACAGUGGUGGAAGCACGAGGCCAGCGAGUGCGGGGGCGUGUCUACCCCUGGGGCAUCGUAGAAGUGGAGAAUCAGUCCCACUGUGACUUUGUGAAGCUUCGGAGCAUGCUGAUCCGCUCACACAUGCACGACUUAAAGGAUGUGACCUGUGACGUCCACUACGAGAACUACAGGGCACAGUGCAUACAGGAUAUGACAAGUAAACUAACUCAGGAUAACCGUGUGGACAGUCCAAUCCCCAUCCUGCCUGUCCCAACUCCAGAUGCAGAGACGGAAAGACUCAUCAAGAUGAAAGAUGAGGAGCUGAAGCGGAUGCAGGAGAUGCUGGAGAAGAUGCAGCAACAGAUACACGAGAAAGACCAGUGAAGAUGACACCACACACACACACACACACACACACACACACACACACAGAAACAUGCAUACACACAUCUAAAGACAGAAAAAUGCUAACACUCAGAUCUGACAGGCAGCACACACACACACACACACACACACACACACACACAAACACAAACAUGCACAUGCACAUGCACACACAGAGACAUGCAUACACAUUUCUCACUCAUAGAUCUUACAGACAGCACACACACGCACACACACACACACACCGACAAAUACAAACACUCACCUCUCUAACUUUUAAGAUCUGACUCUUCAGAGUGAGCCACACACUCCGUACUAGUCCCUGGCCUGUAAAUGAUGCUUCUGCCCCAGUGGCCUGUCCCUUCCUGUCCCCCAGUUGGUCAGUUUGCCUGGCGCUUCUAGUCCGCUCCUCUGCCUGGCCGAAACAGCGAUGGAUCAGUGUGCUUUACCUUUCCUACCAUCUUCUGAAUGGACUUAAGUCUCUUGCUAUGAAUUAUAGUCUAAUAUAAUGAUGAUAUUAAUGUAUAAUUGAGUGACAUCGAAAUGAGUCUAAUUUAUAUUUAUGCUCGCUAUUGUUGUUUAUUUUUUACAUUCGAAGUCAUAUCUUGAAUACGCUUAUGGUACAUUGUUUUGUAAAGCGGUCUGUUUUUAGCUGGGCUGUUUUUGGGGUUGACUGCCCUUCAUGUACAACUGUAGGUGUAUGUGUGCGUGCGUGUGUGCGUGAGUGUGUGUGUGAGUGUGUGUGCGUGCGUGUGUGUUUGUGUGUCUUUGUAUUGAUGACUUGAGUCAUAGCUUUUUACAGUGCUAGCACUAAGUGAAUGUAAAAGUAAAGUUCCAGGUUAAAUUAACUAUUAAAGUACUUGA